AUGACAGAACAGGGUUUGAUUAUCAAUAACUUCUCUGAUGUUGUGGAUCAUUUUCUCAACCAUUUCUGUAGCUUCAUGGGCAGCAACAGUUCUGUUAAGUCCAGAAUGAAUCUGAGUUGUAUGGAGCAGGGUGCUAAACUUUCUUUAGACCAGCAAGUAGGUCUGCUGAAGCCUUUUUCUGUUAUGGAAAUAAAGAAAGCGAUGUUUAGCAUUCCUGAUACUAAAUUAUCAGGACCUGAUGGAUUUGGGUCUGGUUUCUUCAAGAGUAUGUGUCUUGUUAUUGGGAGAGAAGUCUGUGCUGCCGUGGUCAAUUUUUUUGAGACUGGUUUCAUGCCUUCAGAAUUUCAUAAUACCACGAUCUCGCUUAUCCCUAAACUUGAGAACCCGACCAGAGCUUUAGAUUAUAGGCCUAUUGCCUGCUAUGCAACGAUCUACAAAUGCAUAUCGAAGCUUCUGUGUUCUAGACUUGCUUCAGUCCUUCCUAGUCUGGUUCAUCAAAAUCGAGGAGCAUUUGUCCAAGGGAGAUCAAUUGCUCAUAAUGUGAUGAUUCUUCAAGAUAUCUUGAAGAAUUAUAGGAGGAAAAAUACUUCUCCUCGCUGCGCUAUUAAGAUAGAUAUCAGUAAGGCUUAUGAUACUGUGGAUUGGAAGUUUGUUGAAGAUUUGCUUAAUGCCUUAAACUUCCCUACUAGAUUUAUUCAGCUGAUUAUGAUCUGUAUCAAGAGCUCCUCUUAUUCACUCCUAAUGAAUGGCAGAUUUCAAGGUGGCUUUCUAGGUGCUAAGGGUCUUCGUCAAGGUGAUCCCUUAUCCCCUUUGAUUUUUGUUCUGAUAAUGGAAUAUAUGACGAGGUGUUUUCAUCAUGCUGCUAUAGAUUCUAUAUUCAGAUAUCAUCCUCUUUGCAAAAUCUUGAAGUUAAUAAACUUAUGUUUUGCGGAUGAUUUGAUUAUUCUUAGUAAAGGUUCUAUUCAGUCCAUAAAAGUGAUUAAAGAGGUUCUUGAAGGGUUUAGCUCUUCAACUGGGCUGUUUAUCAAUGUUAGUAAGUCUCAAAUCUUUUUUGGAGGGGUUGACUCUAGGGAGAAAAGGGAGAUUCUUAAGGAUAUUGGGUUGGCUGAAGGUUGUUUCCCUUUAAAGUAUUUAGGGGUUCCUUUAAGGCCAACUAAAUGGAAAGCUGAAGAUUGUGGUAUUAUCAGUAAAAAAAUCAGAUUGAGACUUAAUACUUGGGGUAGUAGGCAUCUGUCUUUCGCUGGCAGAAUCCAAUUAAUUCAAUCAGUUUUGGUUGGUCUUCGCAACUAUUGGAUGAGUGUUUUUAUCCUUCCUCAGAGUGUUUCUAAAGGGGUUGAGAAACUUUGUAGAGGGUUCCUUUGGGGUCUGAACGGAAACAAAAGCAGAUUACAUGUAGCUUCUUGGGAGAAAGUGUGCCUUCCUAAGCCGUAUGGUGGUCUCGGGUUUAAAGAAGGGUCCAAAUGGAAUCAAGCUAUUCUAGCUAAAUAUAUUUGGGCUAUCACUGAGAAAAGAGAUAUUCUUUGGGUUAAGUGGGUGAACAAUAUCUAUCUCAAGGGGGUUCCUUUUUUGGUCUUAUGA